AUGUUUGCAACACUUGUGCGCCGAAGCGCAGCAGAUUCAUUCCCGUCAAAGUUGAGGAGCACAACAAGAUCGCCAUCAAGCUUAAUCUACACAAGUCGAUUCAGGCCAAAGAAGAUAUGGCCUCCCGACUUUUCCAAGCUGUCGCGGAAAGAGCAAUUCCGAUUCGAGAAAAAGUACAAACGUAGGGUAAAGCUCGCGACAGCACGGCCGCGGUGGGAUAAAUACGUAAAGAUGGCUCAGUUGGUUACCGUGACCGGCGUAACUGUCUAUAGCGUGCUAUUUAUGGAUUGGAACACGGAGCAUCAACCAUUCCAAGGGUUGCGCGACAGCUUCUGGGCUGCCCUAGAGUCAUUCUCUCCUACGAAACGAUACGAACGAAAGAAUGCCGAUUAA